GCGUGAUUCGACCAGCCCCGAAAGAUCCUCAAAAUCUUUUCCAGGCAAUCGCGGAGACGGUGCGUGUGGGCAAUUCCUCGGGUGUCUCCUCCACGGCUUCACGCAAUUCGGUGUUGUGUGUCGCUUCCGACGGGUUGAUUCUACCAGCAUUUGGUGCUCCAAUCGAGACGAAAAAAGAAUAGAUCGCAAUUUAUCUCGACCACCUCUCCCCUCAAACCUUUCACCCCAAUUACCCUCCCUCCCUCACUCUCUCCCCUCUUAACUCUUCGCCCCUCUCAUCUCUCCCUCACCACCACCACCAAUACACCCUCCACUGUUAUAAGAACAACACCUUUCUUCCCAUCCAUCCGUCAGCAAUUGAUCGAACAAACAACCUUUCGUCGCAUUGAUAUUUCACCAUGUCGAAUACCGUGGCUGAACACACGCCUUCGGGCGAUCAUCACAUCCGUACCGACUUUCCCUCUGCUCAAUUCGACUCUGAGAAGCAGCCGAUUGAUGAGAAGCCUGGAAUCGAGGGAAUUCCUCUGGAUGAUGAGGACGAUGAGGAUAUUGAUGGACUUAUUCAGGAACUUGAAUCCCUUGAUGGCCAUGACGAAGAGUUUGAGGAGAGUGACGCCGCUCCCGGCUCUAGUGCUCGUCCGGUGCCGGAGGACCUCCUCCAGACCGACACCCGCACUGGUCUUACCUCCGUCGAGGUUGAUCAGCGCCGUAAAAAGUAUGGUCUCAAUCAGAUGAAGGAAGAGAAGGAGAACCUCAUUCUCAAGUUUCUCAUGUACUUUGUUGGUCCGAUUCAGUUCGUCAUGGAGGCGGCUGCCAUUCUUGCUGCCGGUCUCCAGGAUUGGGUCGAUUUUGGUGUCAUUUGUGCUCUUUUGUUGCUCAACGCUUGCGUUGGUUUCAUUCAAGAAUUCCAGGCUGGUUCUAUUGUCGAUGAAUUGAAAAAGACUCUCGCUUUGAAAGCUGUUGUCCUCCGGGAAGGCCGUCUCUUUGAGAUUGAGGCACCGCAAGUCGUGCCCGGCGAUAUCCUACAGAUCGAAGAGGGAACCAUUAUUCCCGCUGACGGUCGCAUCGUUACGGAAGACGCUUUCCUCCAGGUCGAUCAAUCUGCCAUCACUGGUGAAUCUCUUGCUGUUGACAAGCACAAGGGCGAUCAAUGUUAUGCUUCUUCUUCUAUCAAGCGUGGUGAGGCCUUUAUGGUCGUCACUUCCACCGGUGACAACACUUUCGUCGGACGCGCCGCCGCUCUGGUUAAUGCUGCCUCCGCUGGUACCGGUCAUUUCACUGAAGUCCUUAACGGUAUCGGAACUGUCCUCCUGGUUCUCGUUAUCUUCACUCUCCUCAUUGUCUGGGUUUCCUCCUUCUAUCGAUCCAAUGGCAUCGUCACCAUCUUGGAAUUCACUCUUGCUAUCACUAUCAUUGGUGUCCCCGUCGGUCUUCCAGCCGUCGUUACCACGACCAUGGCUGUCGGUGCUGCUUAUCUCGCCAAGAAGCAGGCUAUCGUCCAGAAGUUGAGCGCUAUUGAGUCCUUGGCUGGUGUUGAAAUUCUUUGCUCCGACAAGACUGGUACCCUCACCAAAAACAAACUCUCUCUCGCCGAGCCAUAUACCGUCGAGGGCGUCGAGGCUGACGAUCUCAUGCUUACCGCCUGCUUGGCCGCUUCCCGCAAGAAGAAGGGUCUUGAUGCUAUCGACAAGGCUUUCUUGAAGUCUCUCCGCUUCUACCCUCGUGCUAAGGGCGUCCUCUCCCACUACAAGGUUCUUGAGUUCCACCCCUUUGACCCUGUCUCCAAGAAGGUUACCGCUAUUGUCCAGUCUCCCCAAGGUGAACGAAUUGUCUGUGUCAAGGGUGCGCCUCUCUUCGUUCUCCGCACUGUUGAGGAAGACCACCCCGUCCCCGAGGACAUUGCCAACAACUACAAGAACAAGGUCGCUGAAUUCGCCACUCGUGGUUUCCGUUCUCUCGGUGUUGCUCGCAAGCGUGGUGAAGGCCAUUGGGAAAUUCUCGGUAUUAUGCCUUGCUCUGAUCCUCCUCGUCACGAUACCGCCAAGACCAUUAAUGAGGCCAAGACUCUCGGUUUGUCCAUCAAGAUGUUGACUGGUGAUGCUGUUGGUAUUGCUCGUGAAACUUCCCGCCAGCUCGGUCUUGGUACCAACGUCUACAAUGCCGAAAGGCUUGGUCUUAGCGGUGGCGGUGAUAUGCCUGGUUCUGAGGUCUAUGAUUUCGUUGAGGCAGCCGAUGGUUUCGCCGAGGUUUUCCCUCAACACAAGUACAAUGUCGUCGAGAUUCUCCAGCAACGUGGAUACUUGGUUGCCAUGACUGGUGACGGUGUUAACGAUGCUCCCUCCCUUAAGAAGGCCGAUACUGGUAUUGCUGUCGAGGGUGCUUCCGAUGCUGCCCGUUCCGCUGCGGAUAUUGUUUUCUUGGCUCCUGGUCUCUCUGCCAUCAUUGAUGCUCUCAAGACUUCCCGCCAGAUUUUCCACCGAAUGUAUGCCUACGUUGUCUACCGCAUUGCCUUGUCACUCCACUUGGAGAUAUUUUUGGGUCUCUGGAUUGCCAUUUUGAACGAGUCCCUCAACUUGAACCUUGUUGUCUUUAUCGCCAUCUUUGCCGAUAUUGCUACCUUGGCCAUCGCCUACGACAAUGCGCCCUUCUCCAAGUCUCCUGUCAAGUGGAACCUGCCCAAGCUCUGGGGCAUGUCUAUCCUUCUCGGUCUUGUCCUUGCUAUUGGUACCUGGAUUGCACUUACCACUAUGUUCGCCGGCGGAAGUGAUGAUCGCGGUAUCGUUCAGAACUUUGGUAAUCGUGAUGAGGUCUUGUUCUUGGAGAUUUCCCUCACUGAGAACUGGCUUAUCUUCAUUACUCGCGCCAACGGUCCUUUUUGGUCCUCUAUUCCUUCUUGGCAAUUGUCUGGUGCCAUCUUGCUCGUUGAUAUCAUUGCUACUCUCUUCACCAUCUUCGGUUGGUUUGAGAACAGCGAACAGACCAGCAUCGUCGCCGUCGUCCGUAUUUGGAUCUAUUCUUUUGGUAUUUUCUGUGUCUUGGGCGGUGUUUACUAUCUCCUCCAAGACUCUGUUGCAUUUGAUAACUUCAUGCAUGGAAAGACCCCGAAGAAGGACUCGAAGAAGCGGUCCUUGGAGGACUUUGUUGUCUCGUUGCAGCGUGUCUCAACCCAACACGAGAAGUCAUCAUAAUAGAAGGCGUGUUGGUGCUAUGCUUUUCAUUUGGUGUUGAUUUUUUUUUUUUGUAUACACUAAAGGGGCACUGCCUUGUUGCUGAACAAUUGACGGUUCUCCUUGUAGAGUUUAAAAGAAAAGUGUGGAAGGGAAUUUUUUUUUUUGUCUAAUGUGUAUGAAGAAACGGGACUGUCAAUAGCUGUAUUAUGCAUUGUAGAAAUUGGGUUUCAUGUUUUCCUUUAGCUACUUGAAUUAAGCUCUGGUGUUCUAUA